UAAUUUAAAACAUUUGCAUAUCUGUUUAUACAGUUUGUGUGUGCGCACGCGUGUGUUUGUGUUUGUGACUACAUGUCGUGCAGCAAUCCUGUAUUGACUAUAAUAGAAACCCUGAAUCCUUGAAUAGCUACGUGCACGAAUACAAUAAAAAACAUACAUUCAGGCAAGAGAGUGUAAAAAGUUAAUUCUUGAAAAUGGAAAUAGUAGUUUGAAAAACCAUAUCAACACAAGGCUUUUCCCAGAGCUUUCAACUGCAAAAAAAGGCAAUUGAUUUAAGUGAAUUUAAGUCACAGAGUGCAGCAAGUCUGGGUGUGAAUUCAUCAGCGGAGUCAAGAUAAACCGUAUAUCAUUAUCAGCUUCAUUAUCAAGUUGCAACGACUGGUUAUUUACUUCAUAAGAAUAUCUGUUCGCUCCCUCCAGAACGAAACAGUGCACCAACAUCCUGCAACCUAAAACCUUUCCAAUUCUUCCUAAUUCAAAUAUAAAGUUACUUUGCCACAGGGUUUCCUCAUCAAUACUAUCUUAUCAUUUUACUUACUCACUGUAUCAGAAAAUAGUGUUAAGACUUCGAAGUAAUCUUAUACAUAAAUUAAAUAAUCAUCAGGAAACAAUUAGAAAUGUACCGUAUUCAGUUUAUUGAGGUGGUUUCAACAAAAACAUGGGAGUUAUCUUUUUAUUUAUGAAUAUCAUUUUUAUGUUCGAUAGAUAUUUUGUGGAUGGGGGUUUAUGGAUACAUGAUAUUUACCUCUGAAUAUUAUGCCUAAUCAUGUUCAUCGUACCAAACUGUGAUACCAAAUGAUCACAGUUGUGAAAUACAUGUAUAAAGGAUGUAUUCUCUGUUAAAGUAAUUCACUCAAUGCCAAAGAAAUAAGUAAACACAAUACAUAUGUUUGUAAAACCUUUUAGUGUGGGCUAUGUUUUACUUCGUCGAGGAGAGAGUAAGCCAUGUAGGGUCAGUAGCACUUUAAGUUACAUCAUAUCCUGCAGAGAAGCGGUAAAACCUGCAGACUGCCGUCUGGAGGCUUGGCCAUUCAUUUCCUGACAUAAGCGCUCCAGAAAUCCCCCGCACAUGAGGGAGGUACAACCUCAUUCAUAAUAUGGUCAUUAAGCCCUGAGCUCUUCCUGUCCCCCAACAUCUUUCCCCAUCCAUUUAUAAUGGUGCGUUCAUGUGCGAUCGAAAAUAAUACGACAAUGGAGCUUAACUCUGAUACUAAUGGAAAGAUGUGGCUUACUUUUAUGGGGAGAUUUGACACAGUAUCCAUGAACGUAAGUUAUUAAAUCCAAACAAACAUCAGCAGAGAAAUGUCGGCUAUAAAUAAAAACAGGAACCUGUAACUGCACUGCGGGGAAAAUAUUAGUAGCUUGCUAAAUUUUGGAUUUGUUAGGUUGAUUAUGCUUCAUUUUUGUUAUCUUCUUCUUAAAAAAAACAAAAAAUGGAGGCCAUUUGAAAAAAAGCUACAUUUCUCACUUGUACCGGCAAAGACCUGGACACUGGAAUUAACACACUACACGUGAAGGCAGCACCGAUCCCACGCAGCACUUGCCUUGCAACGGGUCAGUUUAAAAUAAAGAGAAACUGAAAGUCGCAGCAUCAUGUUGCAUCAUCGGCGGUGCGAUGCCAAACUUCAUGCGCUCAAAAAGACAUCAGACGCACCAGCGGUGUACACAUUUACAGAACCGGCUCUCAAAGUUCACCCACAAGCUGCAAGACGCGCGCCGGUUGUGCAUCAACUCCAAGAGGUUGAAUGGCAGUGGUUUCACACGCGAGCGCGCAGCACGGAUGAUCCGGGCUCGGUGAAGGUGCAUCCUGCCGGUGGACACUCCAGUGAACGCCCAACCGGCUAGCCAGACAUCUCAGGGGGAGAGAGAUGUCCCCGUUAUUCAUGGAAACUGGGUAUGAGCUCAACAGCCCCGGAUCACUGUCAGCUGAGGGGAGCAACACCGCUGGAUCGGAGAGAGAAGAAGGCGGACAACAGAUGCGAGGCAGAGGGAGAGUACGACAAGACAAGAACAGGAACGCUGCGAGGAAGAGUCGCAGGAAACAAACGGAGAGAGCCGACGAACUUCAUGAGGAGCUCCAGUGUCUGGAGAGAUCCAAUUCGGCAAUUAAAAAGGAGAUCGCCGCAUUGAAAAAAGACCUCCACCUCUAUACGUCAGCUCUGGAGCGCCACCAGCCUUUCUGCUGCGUCAAAGACUCCGCAUCCAGCUCGACAACCCGCCCCUCGGUUUCCUCCUCAGCUGGCUGUCGGACCAACUCCAGCCCCCCUGGAGUCCCUCCCCAGGCCUCAUGCUCCGCUUUCGCUGCUGCCCCUUCACUCUCUACCUCCUUAACCUCCGGCCUGGGUUUCCAAACCCGUGACUGUGUUGAAAGCGCACGUCUCUCAUCUUUAACUCCCACUCCUCCGACAACCACAACAUUAGACUUGCCUCGUGGCUCGUCUGCUGAACUCUUCACCUCCUCCAGCUCUGCGACAGCUCCUGACUCUGUGUCUUUCUGUGCUGUCCCGACUCCUCGCUCUUUGUUUAGCGUAGAUCCCCCUUCUCUAAUCACACUGAGGCCCACAAAUGUUCCGCCUCUCUGCACCAGCCUCGUUUCGCGCUCAGCGCCCUCGAGGUCAGGCGCCGUCCACGAGAGCUCUUCAACGUCAGCAAGCGCUCACUUCUCUGCUCUUCGUCCUGCUGUACUGGAUGAAUUUCUAAUGACGCAAGCUACUUUUCUUGCUUCUUCUAAUGUAGUUACCCUCAACUCCCCUUUGGCGGCUGAAAACGUGGCUCUCGGUUGUCCCAUGAAUGUGUGCCAGCUUCGUCCUGCUCAGUUGAGCAGAAAUUCAGUGAAUUCAAGUCUGCCGUGUUGUCUUUUACCGACAACUCUUCUGGAUCCUUCUCCUCAGUCCCUCUCACUGUCGCCUCCCGCCUCUGCUUUUGCCUUCAAGCCAAGUUAUAGUCAACAGGUCACGCACAAUUGUCCGUCUCUGCUUUCCAUGCUCACUGUCCCGAGUCCCCUUAAUGUGUCUCAGACUACCUCCAGCAGCUUUGAUGAACCAGUCCCGCAACCCCCACCCUCACUGCCUCUGUUCGAGGAUACCUCAAGAGAUCUCUCCCUAUCUGAGCUCCUGGAGGGCAAUGAUUGGAUACUAAGUGACUAGUCACCAGUAGCACUACAUGUCACGAAGCAAAGGAAGACCAGUUUCCUUGAACCAAAAUAGUGGUUUAAUUUAUAUAUUUAUACAUUUUGAGCAAUCAAACUCUGCCGAGCAGCUACAGCGCCAGCUGAUAGAUGCAACCUGAUGGAUUUCUACAUCUGUUGGGAUGUAUAUGAAUUUAAAUGUUGCUCAUAAUAGCUUUCAGCUUCUUAAAGGGACACUUGUGAUUUCGUAUUGAACUUCCGUAAAGUUGGUGGUCUCACAAGGGCCAAAUUAAAGACAAAAUGGUCAAAGCCAAUACAGCACAAGCAGAGACAACCCAGCAUCAAGCUCCAAAAACACUGGAUCCUACACUUCCCACAAUGUAACCUAUAGCAUCUUUUAGUUAGACGAUUUUAAAUGGCCGUGUCCUUCAAGCUCCGGUUUGUAACGCAAGCUUCCUGUUCUAAAUUCGAAGCCUCACAUUUCCUUUUUAUAACGGCAAAGAGCGCAGACGACUCCUGAACGCCUAGCUGAGGUUUCAGAGACUGAAUCUCUAACUUUGCCGGAUAACGGGCCAAAACUCUGUACAAUAAGUGAGCUAUGUGUGAAUCCAUAGAAUACAAGCUCUGGUAGAUGAAACUUUAACCAACUAUGCUAUAAAACCAUCAACGUGCAGUUUUUCAGUUUCAAAUAAAUCAGGUAGGUCAGUGUUAUCCCUUCCUUAAUCUAGAGACCAAACCACAAAAAUGACUCAACAUUUGAAACUUUGGCUUUUAAUUUUAGAUUGGUAGAGUACUCACUUCCUUGCCACUUUAAGGAAAUGUCAUGAGGAGAAAUUGCGUCUGUGACUGGAACCGCAUGUGUGAACACACAAAGUGCCAAACUCAAAGAGUACUGACAACGCCAGGAAACUUCAUUCUGUUGUUUCUGCUUUUAAAAUACACACCGUCUCACAUGUUUUUUCCGCUAUCAGUCAAUUUGCUGAUUGUUGAUUUUGCUUUGUUUUUAAAGCUACAAUUAUUUAUUGUCUAGUUCCUUCUUCACUUCAAGUAACAGAAUUGUAAUUUUUCUACUUGCUGUAAUUAUGCUACUACAUGAUAAAUUAUUAUUUUAGGUAUUUUACCAGCUUUGCUUGCAAGGGUGGAUCACCAACCAGACAAAGUGGGCAAGUGCCCAGGUCCAGCUACCCUCAGGGGCCCCAGAUUGAAUGUGUGUCCUUAGGGUUGUGGAUUUGAUUAAUUGCAAAUAGUUUGGGUAGCUAUAUUAUUUAUGUGUCUACCGGUAUCAAAGUUAAUAUUCACAAAUAUAUGUGUGCUAAAAAGUGCUCAUGGCUUUUUUUUUUUCUGCCCUGAGGCCCCCCUAAUGGUUAAUCCACCCAUGAUUACAAGGACACUUUAUGUGACAACUAGUGGCCGCGGUGGCCGCUAACACUCUUAACCCUUGUGGGUCUAUCAUAAAAACAAGUAAUUAAUAAUUCCCUUAUCGUGUUCAUUUCAAGUGAGACAAAUGAGAGAAAUAACUUUCUAUUUGAUUUCCUCUCCCUGUAACUGACAACAUGAGAACAUGGAGCUGCUCAAACCUGUUGUAUAGGAAGUACUGCUGUAAAUAAAUGAAUAAUAAAUGAAUAUUGUAUUUUUCUCUAAAUAGGACUUAUAGCUAUAGGCUUACGCACCAUGAUUGUAUUCAAAUUAAGAUUUUGUUUUUUUAAAGGAUGUUUUUUGUAGAUUAUUCUGCUUUAUUUACACUGUAUAGGAGUGUGUGUGCUCCACACAGAAGUCUAUGAUUCCGUGUGAGGUUUUGUGUGUGUGUGUGUGUGUGUGUGUGUGUGUAUUACUGUUAGGACUAUUUUGUAUUUAACAAGCAUAAGAUUAUUAUAUUCAUGCUGUAAUAGUGGUUUCAAUAGAA